UUUAGAAAUAAAAGUAGAAAUUGUGAGUCGUUCCGGUGCGCUUCUUCAGAGCGACGACGCCAUUUCGCACACACGGCUUCACUUCUUAGCUCAACGUUUUCCCCCUGAGAUUCCCUUCUGCUUUGUCUCCUACAACCAGAUCUCUUACUGGGGGGUUUCUUAAAUGAUGUACAUGCUGGUGUAAUACAAUUAAGAUGACGUCUUCGCAUAAUAUCGAGUUGGAGGCAGCUAAGUUUCUGCACAAGCUCAUUCAAGAUUCGAAAGAUGAACCGGCGAAGCUAGCAACAAAGCUUUAUGUGAUACUGCAGCAUAUGAAAACCAGCGGAAAGGAGCACUCAAUGCCGUAUCAAGUCAUAUCGAGAGCCAUGGAGACUGUCGUCAAUCAACAUGGUCUUGACAUUGAAGCUUUGAAGUCAUCGCGUCUUCCUCAUGCUGGUGGUACCCAAAUGGAAGAUUCUGGAUCUGCACAUUUGGCUGGGUCUUCUCAAGUUGGCCAAAUCGUUGGAGUUAGCAGUGAGUCCAAAGCGAGUCUAGUUGAAAAUGAGAUGUCGAAAUAUGAUGCAUUCACUUCUGGUAGGCAGCUUGGUGGAUCAAACAAUGCAUCACAAUCCGUUUACCAAGGGUCUGGCACUCGAAGUAAUAGAUCCUUUGAUCAUGAGAGUCCAUCCAGCUUGGAUUCUAAGUCGGGAAAUUCUCAAUCUCACGAUAGGAGUGAGACAAUGAAUCAAAGAGAUGUCAAGUCAAGUGCAAAGAGAAAGAGGGGUGAAUCGUCAUUUCAAUGGGAGCAAAAUAUGGAUAAUAAUUCUCAACUAUUUGAUACUCAGGGAACAGUUGAUGAACAGUCUAGGAAAGUGAGCAAAGUCGAAGUGCCUGGUAGUUCAGGUGACAUUGAGAAUUUGCAUGUCGGGUUGUCAUCAGAUGCAUUCACGACUCCUCAGGGUGGCUGGCAAAACAGUGAAGUCACAGCAGGAAGGCCUCCAGCUCAUAGAGAUACUGGAAAAUCUGUCGCAGCAGAGGAUUUACUGCCUUCAGGUCCACUUUUCAAAGAGCAACAGUUGAAGCAGCUCAGAGCCCAGUGCCUUGUGUUCCUAGCGCUCAGAAAUGGGUUGAUGCCAAAAAAACUGCACAUCGAUAUCGCCCUUGGAAAUAUUUUCCCCAAAGAUGAUGGUUUCCGCAGAGAACUGUUUGAUCAGAAAGGACGAACACAUUCUCUGAGUGAACCGGGUAACAUUCACGAAGUCGCAGCUCCAUCGGCAAGAACGGAUAAUCCCACUGGAAGAUUGGCUGAAAUGGACUUCCCGUCAAAAGAAACAGAGAUGCCACGAUUAGAUGACAAAAUCUCGAAUGCUGUAUUUUCUGAUGGACAAAAGCUGCUUCUGGCAUCUAAAAUUCCGGAGACUCCGGCGCAAAAUCAGGUUUCUGGUAGUCAUUCGGAGCUGGCUUCUUCAGGUAGUCUUGCCAAACACGCGCCAUCAGAGAUUGGGGGGUGGGCCGGAAUGAUUAACCGUAAUGACAUCUCAACUUCCGCUUUCCUGCUCGAUGAAUUAUAUGCUCCAGAUCAAGAGGAAGGUAACAUGCAACAGCCGCCUAAGUACACCAUGUCACAGAAAUGGAUUAUGGAUCGACAGAAUAAGAGACUUUUGGUUGAUCGUAGUUGGGGUAUUAAACAGCAGAAAGCAGACCAGGCAAUUGGUGCACGGUUCAAUGAGUUGAAGGAAUCUGCAAAUUCGUCGGAGGAUAUAUCUACAAAGACCAAACGUGUCAUAGAACUGAAAAAGCUUCAGCUGUUAAAUCUUCAACGACGUUUGAGGAGUGAGUUUCUUUACAACUUCUUCAAACCUAUUGCAACUGAUGUUGAGAAUCUAAAGUCAUAUAAGAAACACAAGCAUGGCCGGAGAAUUAAGCAGCUUGAGAAGUAUGAGCAGAAGAUGAAGGAAGAGCGACAGAGGAGAAUUCGUGAGAGGCAGAAGGAGUUCUUUGGAGAGAUAGAAGUUCACAAGGAAAGGCUAGAGGACUCAUUCAAAUCUAGGAGAGAAAGGUGGAAGGGUUUCAAUAGAUAUGUAAAGGAGUUCCACAAAAGAAAGGAACGCUUUCAUCGCGAGAAGAUUGACAAAAUUCAACGGGAGAAGAUUAAUUUGUUAAAGAUUAAUGAUGUGGAGGGUUAUCUACGUAUGGUGCAGGAUGCCAAGUCAGAUCGAGUAAAGCAACUACUCAAAGAGACAGAGAAGUACCUUCAAAAACUUGGAUCAAAGUUAAAGGAGGCAAAAUCUUUGACCAGUCGAUUUGAGAAUGAGGCAGAUGAGACGUCGACUGCUGUUGAGGAUGAAACUUCGCACUACUUGGAAAGCAAUGAAAAAUACUACUUGAUGGCUCACAGUAUAAAAGAAAAUAUUAACGAGCAGCCAGCUACCCUAAAGGGUGGAAAAUUAAGAGAGUACCAAAUGAAUGGCCUGAGAUGGCUUCUUUCCCUGUACAACAAUCAUUUGAAUGGCAUUCUAGCUGAUGAGAUGGGUCUCGGUAAAACUGUUCAGGUUAUUUCGUUGAUUUGCUAUCUGAUGGAGACAAAAAAUGAUAGAGGUCCCUUCUUGGUUGUUGUACCAUCCUCUGUACUGCCUGGCUGGGUGUCCGAAAUUAACUUCUGGGCCCCGGCAAUUCAGAAAAUUGUUUAUUGCGGCCCUCCGGAGGAGCGGCGCAAGCUAUUCAAGGAGCAAAUUGUUCAUCAGAAGUUCAAUGUCCUUCUGACAACAUAUGAAUACCUAAUGAACAAGCACGAUAGGCCUAAACUAAGCAAGAUUCUUUGGCAUUACAUUAUUAUUGACGAAGGACAUCGCAUAAAGAAUGCAUCUUGCAAGUUAAAUGCGGACCUGAAACACUACAACAGCUCUCACCGACUACUGUUAACUGGGACGCCAUUGCAGAACAACCUGGAAGAAUUGUGGGCUCUGCUUAAUUUCCUGUUGCCUAAUAUAUUCAAUUCGUCAGAAGACUUUUCACAAUGGUUCAACAAACCAUUUCAAAGUAAUGGAGAUAAUUCUGCGGAAGAGGCGUUGCUAUCAGAAGAGGAGAAUUUGCUGAUCAUCAAUCGUCUUCAUCAAGUUCUUCGACCAUUCGUGUUGCGGCGGCUUAAACAUAAGGUUGAGAAUGAACUUCCUGAAAAGAUAGAGAGACUCAUACGGUGCGAGGCUUCUGCAUAUCAGAAGCUGUUGAUGAAGAGGGUUGAGGAUAAUCUGGGCUCGAUUGGAAACGUGAAGUCUCGUGCAGUGCACAACUCAGUGAUGGAGCUUCGGAAUAUUUGCAAUCAUCCAUAUCUCAGCCAACUUCACACAGAAGAGGUCAAUAGCUUAAUUCCUGAGCAUUAUCUGCCUCCAGUAAUAAGACUGUGUGGGAAGCUUGAGAUGUUGGACCGGCUCUUACCCAAACUUAAAGCAACAGACCAUCGGGUUCUCUUCUUUUCAACAAUGACUAGGCUUCUUGAUGUUAUGGAAGAUUAUCUCACCUUCAAGGGAUACAAAUAUCUUAGGUUAGAUGGGCACACAUCUGGGGGUGAUCGUGGCGCUCUUAUCGACGGUUUCAACAAGUCUGAUUCACCAUUUUUCAUAUUUUUGUUGAGCAUACGGGCUGGUGGAGUUGGAGUUAAUCUUCAAGCUGCCGAUACUGUAAUAAUAUUUGACACCGACUGGAAUCCUCAGGUUGAUCUACAAGCUCAAGCAAGGGCUCACAGGAUUGGCCAGAAAAGAGAUGUUCUAGUUCUUCGUUUUGAAACGGUCAAUACUGUUGAGGAGCAAGUUAGAGCUUCAGCCGAACAUAAACUUGGAGUUGCUAACCAGAGUAUCACUGCUGGCUUUUUCGACAAUAACACAAGCGCUGAAGAUCGUAAGGAAUAUUUGGAGUCCUUAUUGCGUGAGUCAAAGAAAGAGGAGGCUGCUCCAGUGUUGGACGAUGAUGCCUUAAAUGAUCUUAUAGCCCGAAGGGAGGAAGAGAUCGACAUCUUUGAAUCCAUCGACAAACAAAGAAAAGAAGAUGAGAUGGAAACAUGGAAGAGCUUGGUACAGGGACCAGGGUCAAAAAGUUUUGCACCUAUACCACCUAUCCCCUCUCGUCUUGUUACUGAGGAUGACUUAAAACUGCUAUAUGAAGCAAUGAAAAUAAAUAAUGUCCCGAUGGUUGCAGUAGAACCAAAUGUUGGCAUGAAGCGGAAGGGUGGUUCGGUAGGAGGCUUCGAUACUCAGCAAUAUGGAAGAGGCAAACGAGCAAGAGAGUGUUUGGCAAAUGAUACAUCAAAUAUUCUGGGUGGAAACACUGGUGAAACGAGCUUGGCAAAUGCUACAUCAAAUAUUCUGCCUGGAAACACUGGUGAAAAGAGCUUGGAAAAUGAUAACGUAGACAUUUUGGCUGGAAACACUGGUGACACAGUGCUCCCCACAUCUCUGGCACUGGCACUAACUUCACAAUCCGUGGAAUCUCUACAUAAAUUACAGCAGCCACCGAAAGAAGUAACAGAACCUGUAAAACGGGGACGUGGUAGGCCAAAAAGAGCUGAUAAAACGUUGAGUCCUUCACCUGUAUCAGUUCCCGGGAGGAAAAAUGCAACAGGGGAUGUUAGAUCAUUGGCAGUUAUUGGUUCUGAUGUUGCUGUCCCUAGAGGAAAGGAUGAAACGUCUACUUCGGCUCGUCCUCUUACUUCGCCAAAUUUAUCCGUUCCUCCUGGUUUUCAACCACUUCCUGACUCUGUUUCUGCUCCAGUGCCAACAAGGGGUCGGGGCAGGGGAAGAGGCAGGGGGCGUGGCACAGGAAGGGGAAGGAAAACGGAAAAUAUGCUGCAUGGUACUGAAAGUUCCAUAGGUACUCAGAGAGCUAAUGCCCUUGCAUCUCUUUCUGGUGAUCCCGCAGCGUCAAAUUCAGCAAUUGUUCCUGUCUCUUCAGCUGAGAUUAAAGCAAAAGUCCCUAAACUUAUUGAAGGAAGUACUUCAAAUCUUGGGCCAGCGCCUUCUGUGCAUUCUGAUACUUCUGCUGUGCAGCCCUCUCAUGCUGUCUCUCUACAGGAUAGCAGUCUGCAGUGCAUUAAAAACAAACCAGACGUAGCAGCAGACCUAGAUGCACCGCCUGGUUUUGGUUCUGGAUCACAUGUUCAGUCGCUAAAUUUCUCGGAGGAUUCCUUGAGAAAUAAAACAGAUGCUGUACAGAACCAGGGGUCAGGAGUUCUAAAACAGCCAGUUAACUUACCAAGCUCUACUACUUUAGGUCAAAAUCAGAGAGCUGUCUCUUCUUCUGCUACCAUGACAAAUACACCUUUAGAUGCUAAUCAGCCAUUGAGUCCCCACCUUGUUUGUUCUACGGUUGAAGCUCAAGGCGCCGGUGUUCUUACUCCUCCUGCAUCUUUGCCUGUCAAGAGGCAAGGUCGGAAGAUGCCAAGCAGAGGAGAAACUCCUAGACGCCGAGGAAGGAGACAUGUUCAAGCUUUAUCUGUUGCUGAUGGCACUUCUGCACGGAGCACAAGAUCAACACCACAAAUUGAGGCCAAGGUUGGUGAUUCACCAGGCUCCAAAAUUAUAUCAGUUGGAAAUAAGUGUGAUGUUGUCCAAGAACAACCCCUCUUGAACCAGUCAGUUGCACACUCUUUUGCCAGUCCAAGUCAGGAAAAAAGAAUAGAAACCUCAGGUAUUGGUGGUUCUGGAAGGAAACAAAUUACUGAUGUGACUGAUGUUGCUCGCGUCAUGAAAGAGAUAUUUUCAGAGACUUCCCUGUUAAAACAGAAAGUUGGGGAGCCUUCUGAAACAGUGAGAACAAAUGAGCCUGAUGGGAAAUCCCCGGGAAAGAUGAAUAUGCACAUAGUUACCACCAGCAAGCCAGAGAAUAUAAACCAACCUGCCGUUCAAAACUUGGGAGUGGAAACAUGUGUUUCCAAACUUUCAGUCGAAAAGCAAAAGUCUGGGUCUUCAGUGAUGAUUGAUGAGAUUAUUAAAUCUUCACCUGACAUUGAGGCUUCUGUUUCUCAGCCUGAUGUUAUAACACCUCAAGGUACAAUGCUCAUUGACUCAAAAAAUCCUGUGGGUGGAGAGUUGGUUGAGUCGAAACUGAAAGUAGCACCAUCAACCGAUCCAAACUUGGGAAUAGCAACAUCUGUUUCCAAUGUUUCAGAAGAAACUAAAUUUUCUGAUUCUUCUUUGAUGGUCCAUGAUAUUGUAAAACCUUCACCUGGAUUCGAGGCUCCUGUUAAUCAGUCUGAUGAUUCUUCAGCUCGAGGUACUGUCCCCAUUGAUUCAAAAAGCCCUGUGGACAAAGAUUUGCUUGAGAUAAACAAAGAAAGUCAACCACUAGAGUCUCAGGAUGAUGGUUCUGGGCAAAGUUUACUAGCUCCGGAUGCUGAUUUCGCUGAGGCUUCUAACAAACGGGCCGGGCAAUCUAUAUCACCUUCAGUUUCGCCUGCAGCAAUGAAGAUGACUGAAAAUAUGGUUGGACUGAAUUCAAAGGAAUCCUUGGAAACUGUUCCACUUAUUUCUGUUAAUGUUGUUGAAGAUUCGGAAUUGCCUUCAGUAUCUAAUGAACAGGGUUCUCCAAAGAAAACUGAGUCGCCUGAAAUCCAUAAAUCUAGCGGUGUUGAUUCGGAUUGUCGCAUUAGUCCUACUAAUUCUGCUGAAGUUGAGGGUGGUAGCAACUUUUCCGGAAGUAGUUCAGAGGUACCAGAAAUGUUGAAUGAUUCUGUGGCUAAAAGCACUUUGGAGAUGAGUGUUUCCGUAUCUGAGAAAGUUCUAGAAAAAGGGUGUCAGACAUCUAGUUCUGAUGAUCUGAAGUGUGUCCUUGACCCUGAGAAAACGGAUGCCGAAGGUGAUACUGCCAGAAUAACAAACGUCCAUUUAGAUCCUGCGGGCUCCAGUGAUGCUGCUACUUCCCAAAAGGCGGAUAUACUUCCUGUAGGCCAUACUUUGUAUUGUCCACCUAAUAUUUCGACUGAGGGAGCUCUUGCAGACCAGAUUGUAACUGAAGAGGCUUCUUCUGGUCCUAAGAAUCCCGGAUCUUUAUAUAACCCGAUCAACGAGAAAAAUCUGGUCUCAAAUAUUCCUCACCUUGGGUCUGGUGAUCCGAUUGGAUUGGUUGCAAACAAGGAUGGUGGCACUGAGUUGUCUGUGAUUGUUGGGGGAGCCGAAAAUUACCUUCUCCAGAUUCCUGGUGUUGAAGCGGAUUCUUUUGUGAUACAACAAUCUUCAGGUGGUGUUUUUCCUGUUCAUUCUUUGGAAAGUUCGCAAGAAGGUAAAACCACACAUAACAGUCCUGGUGAUACACCCCAUGUUAAUGCACCACUUGCAGAAGAAAUAUCAUCUUCAUCAAGAUGUGUUUCACCUAAGUCUAUUGCAUCUGAGACGACAACUACAGAACCUUUACCAAAAGAACAGCAGGAAACAAAUCUUUCUUUCGAAGUUGCUGGUGAAAAAAUCGAUGGUGAUAAAAGAGGAGCUAUCCCCUUGAUUCCAGUAGAACAGAUGAACGUGCACCCCACGGUUGAGUCUCAUGAGCUUGAGACAAGGUCUGAGGAAUUUCAAGGAUCUCCAAGGAGAACUGAUGAAAUUUCCCAUGUGGAUGGCAAAUCUUUCAAUACGAAAAAUCAGACUGCUAAAGAGGUCAAGGCAGAAAGUAUAAAAGGUGAAAGUCCGAAGGAUCAGAUUUGCAAUUUGGGACCAAGUUCGGUUGCAGUUCAAUCGUCUAUGCUGUACACUGAUGGACAAAAGACACACACUAGCAAUGAGAACUCUAUAUCACUUGUUCAUAAAGAUUAUGGUAGUCCUCUAUCUGAUUCUGCUAACACAGAACAAGAUUCUGAAGAGAAAGUUUCGAGUCAAGAUGUUGACAGUUGUAAAGUUGGUGGAGAAGCUAGUACUGCUGACACAGAGAUGGAGGAUGCCGAUGAUGCCAAGCUUCCGGUGGUUUAUCCAGUUGAAAGGGAGGAGAAAGACAAAACUCUUCAACCCAGUAUGACCAACGAUGAUACCGUUAUCCCUGCCCCUUUUGAAAAGGUAAUAGACGGUGAAGGAUGUAGUUUACCUGGAAAACGUGAUCUCUCUUGUCCAAUGGAUGUGAUGGGACAUGAAGGAUUCGAAUCAGAGACACAUGCUCAUACAGAUACAAGUGAUGUUGAUAUGUCAGAAAGUAUGUCUGAUGGCGGAAACAUGAAUGUCUCAUCCGGGCAGGUCCUAGAUGUAUCAUAUGAUUUGAAAGUGUCUCACUCUUUGUCACAGGAUCAAACAGGUUUUCCCCUGGUUGGUCUAAUACCUGAAAAUUUGCAAAAAGACGAGGAUGAGCCUGCAUCACCUCAGGAAGCAAAAAAGAACAUCGUGGGUUUCCAGUCAGAGGAAAAUCAGUCUCCGAGUAUUUUGCCAGACGCUACAUCAGGAAAAUCAGAGGAUGAAAAUUGUGAGCAAAUGGAUAUCUCUGGUGGCAGCAUUUCAGGGAAGACGUGUCAGCCUUUAUCUUCUAUCCAGUCUGAGGGUGAGAAUGACAAUAACUUGUCACAGCCUGAACUGCGUUCAAACUCAGAAAUAGUUGAACCAAUGGCUUUAGGAGCUCAGUUGUGCGAAGGAUCUGGGGUAGAGAUAGCCUCUGAUAUGCCUGUAAAUAAAUCAGCUAAUCUCCAGCACUUGUCCACCAGUUUGGAUGAGCAAAAGAAUAUUGAUGAUGUAACUAUUGGACUGGAAGAAGACAAAGUUCUCGAAUCUGUUGAAGUCGAUCGUAUUUGCAACACUGAUGUCCAACCGUCUCCCUCUGUUUCAGCUGAAGAAAAGAAAACUGGAAAUGGUUUGCAGCAAGGGGAAUGCAAAGAUUAUACAUGCGACAGUGAGACAAGUGCUGCAAUGGCCGUAGUAGAUACACUAGUUGAUGUUCAGCCCUCAUCGUUUCUUACAGUUGAGCAAAAAAACAUUGAGGAUGAAGAACAAGUUGAAACUGCUGGAUGUGAGAUAGCUGAUGUCGAGGAUAAAGAACAAGUUGAAACUGCUGGAUGUGAGAUGGCUGAUGUCGAGGAUAAAGAACAAGUUGAAACUGUUACAUGUGAGAUAGCUGAUGUCGAGGAUACAGAACAAGUUAAAACUGCUGAAUGUGAGAUGGCUGAUGUCGAGGAUAAAGAAGUUGAAACUGAUGAAUGUGAGAUGGCUGAUGUCGAGGAUAAAGAACAAGUUGAAACUGCUGAGUGUGAGAUAGCUGAUGUCGAGGAUAAAGAACAAGUUGAAACUGCUGGAUGUGAGAUAGCUGAUGUCUCCACUGUAUGUUUGUCAGAACCUCAAGUUCAAUUACCUUCCUCUGCAGAGGAAGUGGGAGGUCCAGCUGAUGUCCAGCCUUCAGCUUCUCUUACAGUUGAACAAAAGAACAUCGAGGAUACAGAACAAGUUGAAGUUUCUGGAUGUGAGAUGGCUGAUGCCUCGACUGGAUGUUUGUCAGAGCCCCAUGAGCAACUCGGAGGUACAGACUUCCCUUCGUCUGUCCCAGUGAUUGAGGGAGAGAAGGCCGAGAGCCCAUCCAGCGGUACAAUCGUUUCGGUUCAGCCAGAGGAUUUAUGCACGAAUGUAGGUGAAACUGAGGAGCCUACACAAAUGGAGGAAGUUGGUGAUGCAAGUGACCAUUCUGGAGAUAAUGUGGCUUCUAGUGUCUUGGGGGAAAAGGAAAAAUCAAAGGACGAACGAGAGCAUGUGUCUCCAGCAUUAAGGUCUGAGGAAGAGACCAAGGCCGAGGGCCCAUCAGAUGGGAAAGACAUGAUUGAUGGUGAAGCCAGUGGUAUAACCGUCUCGGUUCAGCCAGAGGAUUUGCAGAGGAAUCUAGCUGACACUGAGGAGCCCACACAGAUGGGGGAAGCUGGUAAUGCAAGCGACCAUUCUGAAGAUAAUGUGGCAGAAGAAUCAAAGGAUCAACUAGAGCUUUUGUCUUCGGCAUUAAGUUCAGAGGAAGAGUCCAAGGCCGAGAACCCAUCGGACGAGAGAAACAUGAUUGAUGGUGAACCCAGCGGUAUAACUGUUUCUGUUCAGCCAGAGGAUUUGUCGAAGAAUCGAGUUGACACUGAGGAGCCCGCACAGAUAGGCGAGGCCGAAAAUGCAAGCGACCAUUCUGAAGAAAAAGAAGAAUCAAAGGAUCAACCAGAGCAUGUGUCUCCAGCAUUAAGUUCAGAGGAAGAGUCCAAGGCCGAGAACCCAUCGGACGAGAGAAACAUGACUGAUGGUGAACCUAGCGAUAUGACCAUUCCGGUUCAGCCAGAGGAUUCGUCGAGGAAUUUAGUUGGAACUGAGGAGUCCACACAGGUGGGGGAAGUUGAUAAUGCAAACGACCAUUCUGAAGAUGAAUCAAAGGAUGAAUGAGAGCAUUUAUCUUUAUUGGAUUAGAGUAGUGGUUUAGUUUAACCAUGUAAUCAGUCUCGGUAUACUAUGUUUGUCGGAACAGUAUGCGAGUGUGAAUGUACUCAGAAUCAGAUUACCAUGGUCUCUACCGAUGUCCUAGUAAUACUUAUAACAAACACGUCUAAAUAUAUAUUACGUGCUUAUAAAAAACUGAUUUUACUAAUCAACAAUGGUAAUCUUCAAUAUAUCAAAGUUAGACGUUGGGAC